CUUGGCAAAACCAUGGAUUACUCAAAGGGUAACAUAGCAAAUUUGGUUGUAGUUUCUAUUCUAUUCGCUGGAGUAUUCUAUCUGUGCAUAUGGCCUCCUCCUCCUUCCUUCUUCUCCAACCCUUUCUUUCCAUUCCAGAAUUCCAGAUGCAGAGAAACCUCAUCAGACCUGACCACCAUGAGCAUAAACUGUCCAAAAGAUAAACUAACAAUAGCAUUGGAGAGAGCUUCAAUGGGGAAUAAGACAGUUAUAAUUGCUAUUGUAAACAGAGCUUAUGUUGAGAGAGAGAAUCUGGAGAAGACAAUGCUUGAUCUGUUUUUAGAAGGUUUUUGGUUAGGAGAAGAUACACAAGGCUUGGUGGAUCAUCUUCUGGUUGUGGCAAUGGAUCAAGUUGCUUAUGAUAGGUGUAACUUUUUGAGGCUUCAGUGCUACAGAUUGGAAACAGAGGGUGUAGAUUUUGGAGGAGAGAAGUUUUAUAUGACUCAAGAUUUCAUAAAGAUGAUGUGGAAGAGAACCCUUUUCCUUGGUAAUGUUCUGAAGCGGGGUUACAACUUUAUCUUCACGGAUACAGAUGUUAUGUGGCUAAGGAAUCCAUUAUUGAAAUUGGUCCAAAAUGAAGCUGAGGAUCUCCAAAUCAGUUGUGAUGACUUCAAUGGUAACCCAAGUUCUGAAGCCAACCCCAUUAAUACAGGCUUCUACUUCAUUAGAUCAAACAAUAAAACCAUUGCUCUAUUUGAAUUAUGGUAUGCUAUGAAAAAUAAUUCUCCAGGGUUGAAAGAGCAAGAUGUGCUAGUGAAUAUGAUGCAGCAUGGUGUGUUCAGAGAAUUAGGGUUAAGAGUUAAGUUUUUGGAAACACUCUAUUUUAGUGGAUUCUGUCAAGAUAGCAGAGAUUUUGAAGCUGUGACUACUGUUCAUGCUAACUGUUGCCGUGGUGUAAAUGCUAAAAUGGCUGAUCUAGCUAAUGUUCUUCAAGAUUGGAGGAAAUUUAAGAGCUCUUCUAAUCACACAUUGACCUCUAGGUGGUCAAAACACAAUGCUUGUAUCCAUUCAUGGUAGAUUUUAAUGCAGUAAAAAAUAAUUUGAU